AUGGAUCACCCUCCGCUAGAGUUGAAUUCGGAAGAACACUACUUCUACCCAACCUACCAAGAUCCAGGCCAAGAUCCAGACCAAGGUCUGAAUCUUGGUCAAGACUUUGGCCAAAUCCUUGGCCAAGAGUUUGGCCCACACCACAACUACCCGCCGCCCAAGGUGUUGGACUCGCGCAAGAUAUACGAGAAACUCAAGAACAAAGUCAGGUUCUGGCGCCAAACGGACGACGAUGCAGAUCGCAUGAACACCGUAGACAGAAGACAACAGGAACUAUGGAAACUUAUUCGAGACAGCUCUUUCAAACUCACUCCAGAAGCAAAUGGUGGCCCUGAGGGUGGCUCUGAGGGUGGCCCUCAAGCCCCCAUCCACGACGCCUCAACCCUAAAGUUGAAACACGAAGCAACAGUAACUACAGUGCCGGCCACAGUGCCAGCCACUACGAUGCCCGUGCCCGUGCCCGGGCCAGGCCCAGGGCCAGGCCCAGGCCUAGGACCAGGUGCCAGCGCAAACACGUUCCUCACCCAGGGCGAGGACGGUGAUGACGAUCAUGAGCGUGCCCCAAAUAACAACAAUAAUCCCUCCCCCAUGAAAGUGACCGCCUUGGAUAGGUCGCCGCUCUUCGAUAUCCCAUCAACUACAAACAUGGACUCCCUUGGACCGUCACCACCGGUACUUGUGGAACGACUCUCAGACAAAUUCCAGUUCAAACGGGUCGGCUUGAAGCGGAUCCAGGACCGUUUACGUCGCAUCGCAGAAGCCAAGGAAAACGUCGCCAAGAACUACAACAAACUAGCAUCAGAAAUUACCUCUUGGUGCUCGUUGUGCCUCGAGAGAGAUUCAGAAAUCGACCUUCUUACCGAUCUCCAACAAGUGCUCGCAACGGAUAAGAGGUCAGAGCAAACGAUGGCAAAACUCUUCAACAUGAUCGACACCAAGCUAGAAUACGUCGCCAAACGCGAGGAAAACAUGCUCCAAGAACGCAAAGACAUGAAUAGCAUGGCCAAGAAGUACGAUGCGCUAAGAGUGAAGAAGGGCGACCAAAAUAUGGAGACCGAGUACCUGAAAGAAAACUUGCAUCGCAAGAGAAAUUCGCUCCAGCAGCUGAAGGAACAAUACUACGAGUCGUUGAGCAAAAUCCUUAGAGAGGAGUUCACCAGAUCCUGUUUCACCAUCUAUGAAAUGGGUUCGGACUUGAAAGACGUCACAAGAGAAUUCUCGCUACAGAGCCUUGAACAAUUGAAAAGCACCAAUGACAGUGGCUAUAUCGACUAUUUCCUAGAAGACGUACGCAAGGUCAGAGCCGACAAGCAAUGGAGCAAGCUUUCACCCAGGGAAAAGAAUAACCCCAACAAAUUGGCCGAACUUGUAGGAAAUUUAUACAAUGGCCAGGACUCUUUGCUUAGAGUGGCUUCCAAUAAGAUCCCGAUAAAGUUCUCACCUCUUCCAUUGUAUGAUAACAUCUCUUCCUCUGAUACCAGCCUCAAUCGAAAGGGAUUGAAGCCGGAGGACGAGGGACCGCUAGACAUUUCGAUAUCACAAUAUGGCAACGAUAAGUAUUACAACAAUAUAUCUAGCAACCAGUAUUUGCUCAAGAGACCCAUCUUACCUCCAAUGUCCAGACCCCAGUCCCAUCCUUUGACGGCAUUGCAAAAUUUAAGAGCACCACCAAUGUCAAGCCAAGGCCAAGGACAAGGACAAGGACAAGGACAAGGAGGUCAUCCGAGAACCUUGGUUUCAGACAAUGCUCAUAUCCGCCCGUACUCUAGACCCCCACAACAACAACAACAGCCUCCUCUUUUGAGGCCCAAGGCCGAGCCGAGCGUGUUGAGAAACGAGGUGAUAUCUGAAAAUGUGUCGAGAGAGUCAUUGAACGAGAUGGACGCCAAUGACCAUGAGGAAGUGGUUAUAAGGUUUGGACAGGAUUUGACCAAUUCGUUUAUAGAGGCAGACCAGCUUUUGGCUACAAAUGCUUGGGAUUGA